CUGCUGCAGCGCUGAUCCCACCAGAGAAAAAUAAAAAAUACACAUUCAUUGUCAAAGCACUGAUAUCGAUAUAUAUUUUUUAUUAUUACAAAGCGAGCGACCCCCACCCUGAAGAAAGCAGGGUCAAAGUUCACAGGAAGCUGGGGGGCUGCCAUUUUUCCCUGCUGCUGCUACUGCUAGCCUUUAACGUUAGAUGCUAAAACGACGGGAGGGGCGGCUGGUUUUGGAUUUUGUAGCUAGCUGCUUUCGGUUGAUCGAAAUCCUCACGCAUAAUCUGCCAUUUCUCCGACCUUUGUCGCCAACAACCAUUGUUAUUGGAUGAAUUCGGCAUGGAGAAAGUAGCAGAGCCGUCUUGGACUUCUUCGUACACCUACCAGGUGAGCAAGCACAGUGCGGAGAUGCUACACAACCUCAACAUUCAGAGGAAAGAUGGAGGCAGGUUCUGCGAUGUGAUCCUGCGCGUCGGCGAGGAAAGCUUCCCUGCCCAUAAAGCAGUAUUAGCCGCCUGCAGCGAGUACUUCGAGUCGGUCUUCAGCCGUCAGACUGAGGGCGACGGCGACGCCAAGGAGCUGGAGAUGCAUACGAUCAGCCCGAAAGUUUUUAAAGACAUCCUGGACUUCGCGUACACGUCUAGGAUCGUGGUCCGACUGGAGUGUUUCCCGGAGUUGAUGACAGCUGCCAAAUUUCUUUUGAUGCGCUCGGUUAUUGAGAUAUGUCAGGAGGUUAUCAAACAGUCUAACGUACAAAUCCUCGUCCCGACCUCUCGGGGAGGAGAUGCCAGUCUAUUCCAGGCCACGGGGGCCACGGAGCUCGGUUUCCCGGUGGCUCACCAGGGUCUGGUAAACGGAACGGGAAUGCUGGUGAACGGUCAGAGCUUUGCUAACAGCAUGCAGAUGCAUGUGGACGGAGGUGAAGACGCGGCCGCGAUUCUGGAGGACGGCGGCGAGUCGUCGGUGCCAAUGUUGGAGCCCGUUGAGGGACUGCCAGUCUCCCCAUCCGCGGAAAUAACGGGGAACGCGUUUCCUCACGACGCUGGCUCCCCGGGGUCGAAACGGUGCAGGGGGAGACCAAAGAAAGCUGGCGGAGCCGUGGAGGCUGUUCACUUUAACAACAGCCCCCAGAAAGACAACGGACUGUUUCCCUGUGGGACCUGUGGCAAAGCUUUCACCGAGGCUUCCCGCUUGAAGAACCACGAAGCGCAGCACGGAGCCUCCAGCGGGGCUGUAAACAACCUCAGCGACAGCCUGUCAGCCCCGGCCGGAAUUUCUCUUCUAUCUCAGCCCGGGCUGCUGGAAAACGGCGUGCAGUUACACGGAGGCCUCGCCUUGGACAACGGCCGCAAGAGAGAGAGGACCAGGCGGCACGUCGGCUGUGACAUUUGCGGGAAAGUUUUCCGCGACGUGUACCACCUGAACCGACACAAGCUCUCCCACUCCGGGGAGAAGCCAUACGCCUGCCAUGUGUGCGGGCUCCGGUUCAAACGCAAGGACAGGAUGUCGUACCAUGUGCGCUCCCACGACGGCUCAGUUGGCAAACCCUAUGUGUGCCAAAGCUGCGGUAAAGGGUUUUCAAGACCAGACCACCUGAAUGGACAUAUCAAACAAGUACACACAACAGAGAGACCUCACAAGUGCCAGAUUUGUAAUGCCUCUUUUGCCACAAGAGAUCGUCUCCGCUCUCACCUUGCAUGCCACGAGGACAAAAUCCCCUGCAAAGUUUGCGGCAAGUUCCUGCGAGCUGCCUACAUGACAGACCAUCUCAAGAAACACAGUGAAGGAACUCAUAACUACUGUGGCAUUUGCAACAAAGACGGGCAGGAAAACGCUGGUAAAUGUCCUCACCUGGAAUCGGAAGAAUCAGAUCCUUCAUUCGGGGAUUUGUCCAACAGCGAAGAGCUUAAAUCUCCACACAAAACCGAUGGACCAGAACUCGAGAUGCCCUCUUUGCCCUGCAAUGGCGCCUCUGCGGGGGCUUUGGUCUCUCCAGAGGCAUCUAAAGCCAAGACAGACCCUGAGAAGAAAUUUAUCUGCGGGAUCUGUGGUCAGGCUUUCCGCACAAAGUCCUACCUCAACAAGCACCAGCACAGAGUUCACAAAGCCCAGAAGGUCCAGGGCGUUUCGGGGUCCAGCUUGAGUGAUAUAGCCCCUUCCCUGACGUCUCCCUUCUCCCCUCAACAAAACAUGUCUCUGCUCGAGUCCUUUGGCUUUCAGAUAGUUCAAUCAGCUUUUGCCUCUUCACUGGUGGACGCUGAGGUGGGUCAAAGUGGAAUUGAUUUUGGAGGAAAGUGACCUUUUUUGCUUGAGGCUUUACAAGUUGCAGGAAAGCCACUUUUUCUUAGGACAAAGCUGGGUUGCCCACAGAAGAUACUCUGUAUUUGGGAAUAUCUUUGCCUCAAGACUACUUUUUUUUUUUUUUUUUUUUUGUCAUGUUGGUUAAUGUGUAUCCAAUAUUUUUGUGAAAGACUGCCAUAUAAUUCCUACCUUUUCUACUUUUCCAGAUUAUGUAUGUGUCUGGCAUUUUGCUUUAUAAAGAAAUUACGUGAAGGCUUUAUUUCCUUUAACCGCUAGGGAUGUGUCGAAGUUCUGUUUUCUUUAAAGCCCUUUUCAGACCCUGAUUAUAUUUAUCAGUUUGUUAAAGUGAUGGCAAUCAGACAAUUCAGACAUGGGUCACUUUAACAUUAAUGUUCCUAUGACAGAGAGCCAUUUGGUGUAAAGACUCAGCCCACUGUUUCCCGUAAGUAGAUUUUUGUGCUUGUGGCAUUAAGUAUUGCUGUUAUUGAGUAAUUAACCACACUCCUUAUUAGAAGCAAGGUCUCUCUUGUGGAAUUCAUGAUGGAUAAACGCUUGUAGGUCUGACCUAACGAGUUUGGUAAUUGUUAAAGAAAAGUGACCAAGACAUUCAGUCAAAGGAGCGCACGUCUGAAAAGGGCUUUCAGCUUUUAUGUGUGAUUUACCAAUCACAGUUAAAUCCCCAUGUUUGAGAUGAAUUCUGUACUGCAUCGUUAAAACGUAAAGUAAUCUUUGUCCUUUUGCUCACUUCACCUACUCUGGUGUACUUGGUUAAUAGACCCAUGGCCAUCACAGUGAAUUUUUAAUGCUUUAUAUCCUUACGCUCCCCUUAAGUCUUUAAACAGAUGUCUUUACCUCAGAGCAACAAGAGGGCUAAAUUCUGUAUUCAUUACCUUACUUACUACCUUUAAGAGAGGACUUUUUUUUUCUUAAGUAAAGAGAUUUAAUUUGGCUUAAAGUUUGCUAGCAGGGCUUUUUUUAAUCUGUUAAAUGCUAAAGAAGAAAUAUUAAUAACAGGCUUGAUGUGCAUUUCAUGCUGUUUCUUUUCCUUUUUUUUUUUUUUGCUUCCAGUGUGUCAAGUGUCAGUUCUUAUGCCAGUGAGUAGGACUGGUAGGUGUUAGGAAGCACUUAAAAAGCCCUUUGUUAUGUGUUGAGUUGAAUUAUUUGUGAAAUGUUCCUUUAAGGAGAGGGAAGCCAUUUAUUGUUGUGAUCUUCACAGUGUACCUGAAUGCUUUUCCUAUGAGAUUUUUUUUUCUUUUUCUUUUUAACAUAUUUGGAUGCAAAAUCUGUCUUGAAUCGUCAUAAGCUUGUUAGCGUUGAGGUUUGUUUUCCUGCUACAUGGACAGCGUUUCCCAGUCUUGUUUUUUUUUAGGUGUUAAAUCAGUUGUGUAAAUGAAACAGGGACCAAGGUCAGGUAUAUUUUCGGUAUAUAUUUUGAGAAAUGUAGAUUAUAUUUUAUUAACUUAUUAAUGCCCUUGAUUUUGUGUAGUUCUUUUUUUCCCCCUUUCAUUGUGUGAAAACAAAAAUCUUGUGAUUUGCUCAGUUUGAUUAUUUUCACUCUAAAUUAUAUUAAAUAUAGAUGCGUGUUUGUUGUUUGUGUGUGUUGUGCAACAGACAUCGAGAGGGUUCGAGGAAAGAUUUGCAAUGUGAUCCACCAACCUGUGAGUCAUCAGAACAUAUUUGGCUUUCUUUAAUGUGUCAUUGUUUCGUGUCCUGUUACUCUUCUCCCUCCUCUUAGAUUGCUAUUGCUGUGUUGUUGCCGCCGCGUGCUGCGCUUGCCGCAAUGGUCACAGAGUACCUGUCUGGGUGUCUCACUGUGUUUAUUCACAGACAUUCCUCUGAACACUGCUGUUUCUUUUCAUGUGUGCUUAUAAGGGUAGGGGAAAAAAUCCUUUUACAGUGUCUUGAAGCACAACGCAACAUCUUCGGUGUGGCUGACGGUUAAAGACCCGAAGAAUUGGUGUUUUGAAGCUGAAACCAGCCGAUGCUUUGAAUUUAUAUAAAAAGUAACCCAUGUAUCUGCAGAUGUAAUUCACUUUAUUGAUUAAAUUACCGACAAACACAAAUCCCAGUUUUUCACAAUGUUCUUUCAUCCCUCUUUGUUGUAGUGGUGGUGAAUCAGAAAACACCGACAGGUGGCACUGAAACAUUUGUGGAAAGGGAUCUGCUCUUUUUAAUGCUCUAAAUUUAAUGAUUUAGUGUCAUGUGGACCUCAUUUUUCAUUGGUUGGUGUUUUGUUUUUGUGCUUUAAAAGUGUAUCAUGAUGCAAAUCAGGCUGGGUCCAGCAGCAAACUGUGUGUGUGUUUCUCUGUUAACAAAAACAGAGUGUAUAAUUGUGUGUGACUUUCUGUUUGAUCUGUUUCCUGCUUUCUGCUUAAUUAUUAUUUGUGGGUAAUUGAGUCUGUUAAAUUCAGUACAUUCCCUUAUUAUUUAUAGUUAUAUUGUGAUUGUAACAAGUGUAUAUACCUUCCAUAUACACCUCUAUAAAUAUAUAUAAAUAUAUAUAUAUAUAUAUAUAUAGAUAUAUAAAAGAACCAACCAAUAUGAUCAGUGUUUGUAAGUGGUGGUCCUGUACAUAAAAAGAUUUUUUUUUUUUUUUUUCUCCGUUGGUUUUGUUUGUUUUUUUUCUUGUCUGUUUUGUGGAGGGAUGUUAAGUUAUGGCCAUUUGAAGGGUAAACUGCAUGUUCUGGCAUGCGAGCCGAGGUGGGGACUGAUUGUCGAUCACUGGUUGGUGGCAGUAGUCGUUUCACUGCUCACUGUACUAUAACUCUGCUCCGGUAGCGCUCAGGCUGCCAGCUGACCUUUUUUGAUUUUUCUUUUUUGAUCCACUCUGCACUAGUAUUUACUCUUUGAAAGGUAAUAAGGGUUGUGUUGUCAUAAUUAUUAUUUCAAGACAAGUGUAAAAUGCUGUAAGGAUGUAAUUCAACCUUUCUUUUUUUGUAGUUGGUUUGAUUUUUUUCCUCCCCCACAGGGAUGUAUAAUUUGUUUCAUUUAUGUUGGUACUCCAGUGUAAAACAUGACGUAUUAUUUCGGCCUGGGUGUUUUUGCUUUGUGCUUUUUGUCUGUUGCGAAGUGCCUUCCAAAUACUGAUUGUGCACAGCAGUGGAUUAAAAAAAAAAAGGUCCUCUUUUCUAUAGGUUAAUUAUUGUACAGAGUGACUCGCAUUGACACUUUUGUAUAAAAACACAAAUGUAAAAUAUGUUCACUUGGUAUUUUAUCAUCGUACACGAUUGCUCUUAAAACAUGUGAGCUACAUGUUUUGUUAUAACGUCUUUGGACAUAUUUCAAUAUAAGCUUACUUUUCUAUAGAUAUUUGUUUUUGUACUCUGUUAUUGAGUCUCAUCUCUUGUCUUGGUACAGAGGUGAGCAUCAAAUAAAUUGCAACUUAAGCCCCCCCAA